AUGUUUGAAAUUCAGCUCAGGCAGAUAGCUGAAGCUAUGAAGUUGAAGCUGAAGGGAACGUUGCCUGGGACAGUCGAGACUGUCCUGAAUCAAGCGAAGACCAUUGAGACAAGGAGUGGAAAGCGAACACAAUCGCCACCGCUGCCAGACAGAGGUACUAAUCAUUCUUCUACUUCAUUUUUUGCUAAUUUUCCUGUACAUGAUAAUGUUAUACAUAUUCCAACUGAGGAAGAAGGUCCCUCCCAGCCGCGAGCUCUUAAAGUUACUAUACCGUUUGCUGAUGCUUUGUCACAUAUGCCGCAUAACGCUAAGUUCAUAAAAGAUAUAAUCAAUCGGAAGCAUGCAUUUCCUGAUGAAGCGGCAGCAGUGCAACUGGAGAGUAUCUAUAUGACACUUGAAACUCUGGAAGAAAUUUCAGAUAAUGGAUCGCUCAAGCUGGACGGUGUUAUGGAUUCUAGUGGGGCAAGCGAUACAAGAACAACUCCCCCUGAAUCUAUUGAGAAAGAGAAGAAAGAACCAGCGAGCGAUGCCUACAUCAAAGAUGAGUUGAAGUUACCUGAGCCCCUCAAAUACAUAUACCUUGGCCUGAAGGAAACUUAUCUGCUGAUAAUCUCCGCCUCACUACUGCCGGACCAGGAGGCUCAACUCGUUUCACUUCUCAAAAGAAGAAAAGCAGCGUUUGCAUGGAAGAUCACUGACAUAAAUGGAAUCAACCCAGCGGUGUGUAUGCACUAUAUUAGGCUGGACGCUGAUGCACGGCCAUGCAGACAGCCUCAACGGCGCUUGAAUGAAAACAUGCAAGAGGUAGGGAAAAAGGAGGUAAUCAAAUUAUUCGAUGCAGGAAUCAUUCACCCUAUCAGUGACAGCCAGUGGGUCAGCCCAACCCAGGUGGUCCCCAAGAAAGGAGGCUUCGUCGAGCAGACAAGAGAUAAGGGGGAGGUUUUUAUGACAAGACCUGUCACUGGUUGGAGGGUAUACAUCGAUUACAGGAGGUUCAAUGCUAUAACAAAAAAGGACCAUUUUCUUCUGCCGUUCCUUGAUCAGUGCCUGAAGAAGCUCGCAGGACAUGAAUACUACUAUUUUCUCGAUGGCUACUUAGGCUACCAUCAGAUUCCCAUCAAGCCGGAGGACUAUGAGAAGACAACGUUUACUUCUCCGUAUGGUAUGUUCGCCUAUAGGAGGAUGCCGUUUGGGCUUUGCAACGCUCCAACCACCUUUCAGCUAUGCAUGUACCAUAUAUUUAGUGAUCUUCUGGACUCUUGCAUAGAAGUUUUUAUGGAUGACUUUUCGGUUUAUGGCAAGACGUUUUUCAGAUGCCUGAAUAACCUGGAAAAAGUACUUUUCCGCUGCAUUGAGACUAACCUCGUGUUGAAUUGGGAGAAGUGUCAUUUGAUGGUAAAUGAAGGAAUUGUUUUAGGCCAUAAGAUCUCAGCUGCCGCGAUAGAGGUAGACAUAUCCAAAAUUAAUGUAAUUGAAAAUAUGCCAGCACACUCGAAUGGAAGGGAGUAA